GAGUUGUAUUAUUCUGUUUAAAGAAACAGUCUACGUGUCGCCUUACUUCAAUAGUUAAUUUCUAUCCGUCUGAAACUCAUCUACAGGAAUUAUGAAGAUUAAAACGAAAGAAAAGAACUCUCUUAAAGGAAUGAAAGCUCUUAUACUUGUCGGUGGCUUCGGAACGAGGUUAAGACCUCUAACUUUAUCUAGGCCAAAGCCUUUGGUGGAAUUCGCUAAUAAACCCAUGAUUAUGCACCAAGUAGAAGCCUUAGUUGAAGUAGGUGUAACUGAAAUUGUUUUAGCCGUCUCAUACAGAGCGGAGCUUCUCGAAAAGGAGCUAAGAGCACAAGAGGAGAGAUUAGGUAUCAAAAUUGUCAUAAGCCAUGAAGAUGAACCACUAGGAACCGCAGGACCACUAGCCUUGGCCCGAGAUAUACUCUUACAGGACUCCGAGCCAUUUUUUGUCCUCAAUUCUGAUAUCAUAUGUAAUUUUCCUUUUAAAGAUAUGAUAAGAUUCCAUAAGACUCAUAAUAGACAAGGUACUCUAGUGGUAACAAGAGUGGAUGAGCCUUCAAAGUACGGUGUUAUUGUGUAUAGGCCAGAGGACGGACAAAUUGAAAGGUUCGUUGAAAAACCUCAAGAAUUUGUUUCAAACAAGAUAAAUGCUGGUAUGUAUAUGUUGUCGCCAAGUAUGUUGUCUAGAAUUGAAUUGAGACCAACGUCUAUUGAAAAGGAGGUCUUCCCUAAAAUGGCUGUUGAUGGAGAAUUGUAUUGCAUGGAGCUACAAGGUUACUGGAUGGACGUUGGACAGCCAAAGGAUUUCUUGACGGGAAUGGGAUUAUACUUAACAGCUUUGAAUAUGUAUAACAACGACUAUUUACACGAAGGACCAGGAAUAGUUGGUAAUGUUCUGGUCGAUAAGAGCGCAAAAAUAGGAAAUGGUUGUAGGAUUGGACCUAAUGUUGUUAUUGGUCCCGAUGUUGUUGUCGAAGAUGGAGCUUGCGUUAAACGUUCAACUCUAAUGAAAGGCUCUAGAGUACGAAGCCAUGCAUGGUUAGAUAAUUGUAUCAUUGGUUGGAAGUGUUCUGUUGGAAGAUGGGUCAGAAUGGAAGGUGUUAGUGUACUUGGAGAAGAUGUCGUUGUUGCUGACGAAUUGUACAUUAACGGCGGAAGAAUAUUACCGCAUAAAAGCAUUUCGGCAUCUGUUCCAGAGCCGCAAAUCAUUAUGUAA